AUGGCUAUAUCUACAUCCAUUACUAUAACGAGCUCAUCUUUGCUCGAAAGCAGCUGUCUCCGCCAGCAUCUCCCGCAAAACAACGUGCACCGGGUGGAAACCUUUGAGCCCGACGACCCCAUCGGGCUGCAGCUUGGGAGUCCCCCCUUGCGGCCCCAGCUCCGGGCACGCCCAAGCUCCUCCCACGGCCCCGCCGAGCCCCCUCCCGCUCCGCGCCCCGUCAGCCCCGGCCCGCCCCCAGGGCUCCGCGCCAGCUCGCUCCCGGCGGGGGCGUGCGCGGGGCCGAUCACGCCGCCGCCGCCCCCCGGCCCCGCGGCCAAUAGGCGGCCGGGGCGCUGCCGGGAGGAGCCAAUCGGCGGCGUGCUGCCUGCGGGAGCCCCGCCCCCGGGGUGUGCGGGAGGGGAGCCAACCGGCGGCGCGGCGGCGGGGGGCUUAUAG